CGCAGAAGAUCGGUGGCGCUAGGCCGCUUUAAACGUAGUCGAGAUUUCUUCGCGACUCAAUCUUCCAUCGUCAUGGACUUUCAACCACCAACUGCUGACAUCACCAUCGCCAUUAUACGCCAGAGCCAGACGCGCUUGGCCAUGACCGUAUCAUGACGGACAUAUACACUGCCCGCCGCAGUUGCGGGGGCCUAUUUAUCCCUUAUUAUGUCCUCCUUUAUCACAUUUCGGACCUCUAUCACGUAUCGCACCUUUAGAUCAUUUUCUUCCUCAAUCCGUAUAAGAUCCUACAGCAUGCAAACCAUCAAGAAUACCCUCGCAGAGAACCUGACCGGAGCUCAUUCUCUGGCACCUGAAUCGGGCAAAUUCUCCCUCGAAGACGUCCCCGAUCUCUCUGGAAAGGUCGCUAUUGUGACCGGCGGCUCGGAAGGCAUUGGGUAUGGCUGUACACAUACGCUCCUCAGCAAGAAUGUCUCCAAACUCUUUAUUUUGUCCUUGUCCGAGGAUAUCGUAGACGACGCAAUCUCCGCCAUUCGGUCUGAGCUGGGUGACACGGCUGCCGAGAAGGUUCGAUGGAUGCAGUGCGAUCUCAGCGACUGGUCGAAAACCGGCGACGUGGCCUUCCAGAUUGCGAAGGAAACCGACAGACUUGACAUCCUCAUCAACAACGCUGCCAGGGGUAUCAUGACGGCCCAGCUAGCAAAGAACGGAAUAGACCAGCACAUGGCCCAGAACCACAUCGGACAUGUGGUGCUGACGAGCCAUCUCCUGCCUUUGUUGAAGAAAACGGCAGAGCAGGGCAAUACCGUCCGGAUCGUGAAUCUGGCAUCUAAUACUCACGAGAGCGCGCCGAAAGAGACCAAGUUCGAGUCCGUCGAAGAACUGAACAAAGACUACGGAGCAAUGGCUCAGUACGGCAGAAGCAAACUCUGCUCCAUCCUGUACGCAACAUACCUGACACGCCAUCUCACCUCGGCCCAUCCCGGAAUCCUUGCAAACGCUACCCAUCCGGGUGUUGUAGAGACCAGACAGAGCAGCGAACAUAUCUUCGAGCCAUAUCCACUCGGCGGCUACGCUAUGAAGUACGGAAUGGCGCCAUUCAAGAAGAGCCAGUUCGAGGGUUGCGUGAGCACCAUGUUUGCCGCCACGACCACCAAGAAGAGUGGGCAGUACAUUUGUCCGCCGGCCAUAGUGGAGCCCGGGAGCGAGUUAGCUCGCGACGAGGCAUUGUCCGAACAAUUGAUGAAACUGACGUGGCAGGUGGUUAAGGAGAAGACGCAGGCAGCCUCUGAAGGCUGCCCAUUGAAAGAGUACUGAACACAGAAGAGGGGUAGCAUUACCAUUGGCGGGAAG